AUGCGAACUUCAUGGGCAGAUUUGGCUGCAAAUUCUGCAGCUGAGAAUGCAACUUCUGGCUCUUCCGCUAGCAAUGCUGUUGCUGGCACGGCUGCUGCUCCUACUCGUUCCACCUAUGUCCCCCCACAUCUGCGUAACCGUCCUCCUUCAGCAGACCCACCUGCUCCAGCCUAUACUGGCCCGCCUGCCAAUGAUCGAGGUGGGUUCAGCGGAUCUCGUUGGGGUGGUCCCAGAAAUGACAAUAGUCGAUCUGGACCUGGCUAUGGUGGCAAUGGUGGUCGCAGUGGUGGAUGGGGCAGCAGAAGUGGUGGUUGGGAUGGGAGGGUGCGAGAAGUGAACCCCUUUGGAGAAGAGGAAGAAACAGAGCAGCCAUUUAGUGAGCAAGAAAACAGUGGUAUUAACUUCGAUGCGUAUGAAGAUAUUCCGGUUGAGACAAGUGGUGAUAAUGUUCCGACCCCUGUGAAUACAUUUGCUGAUAUUGACUUGGGUGAUGCACUUAAUAAAAAUAUUCAGAGGUGCAAAUACGUGAAACCAACACCUGUGCAGCGUCAUGCUAUUCCCAUCUCCCUUGCGGGCCGGGACUUGAUGGCAUGUGCCCAAACUGGUUCUGGAAAGACGGCUGCUUUCUGUUUCCCAAUUAUCAGUGGAAUUAUGACGGGACAACCUGCACAGAGACCGCCCCGUGGUGCACAUACAGUUUAUCCACUUGCUCUCAUUUUAUCUCCUACUAGGGAGCUUUCAAUUCAAAUUCAUGAGGAAGCUAGGAAAUUUUCAUAUCAAACAGGUGUCAGGGUGGUUGUUGCCUAUGGAGGAGCACCAAUUAACCAACAGCUGCGGGAACUUGAAAGAGGUGUUGAUAUUCUUGUGGCAACUCCUGGAAGAUUGGUGGAUUUGCUGGAGAGAGCUAGAGUUUCAUUGCAGAUGAUAAGGUAUUUAGCCCUAGAUGAGGCUGAUCGAAUGCUGGAUAUGGGUUUUGAACCACAAAUAAGGAAAAUUGUGGAACAAAUGGACAUGCCUCCACCAGGUGUACGACAGACUAUGCUGUUCAGUGCCACUUUUCCAAAGGAAAUACAGAGACUUGCCUCUGAUUUUCUUGCAAAGUACAUCUUUCUGGCAGUUGGAAGGGUGGGUUCUAGUACUGAUUUGAUUGUCCAAAGAGUGGAAUUUGUUCAUGAGUCUGAUAAAAGAAGUCACCUUAUGGACCUUCUUCAUGCACAGAGGGCCAAUGGCGUACAGGGCAAGCAAGCUCUGACAUUAGUUUUUGUGGAGACAAAGAAGGGAGCCGAUUCACUGGAACACUGGUUGUGUAUGAAUGGUUUUCCUGCAACUACUAUUCAUGGUGACAGAUCACAGCAGGAAAGAGAACAAGCAUUGAGGUCAUUUAAGAGCGGCAACACUCCAAUUUUGGUGGCUACUGAUGUGGCUGCACGUGGGCUUGACAUUCCUCAUGUUGCACAUGUUGUCAACUUUGAUCUUCCAAAUGACAUUGAUGAUUAUGUCCACCGCAUUGGUCGUACUGGACGAGCUGGGAAAUCUGGUUUAGCUACUGCUUUCUUUAAUGAGAACAAUUCAUCCCUGGCUAGAUCUUUAGCAGAUUUGAUGCAAGAAUCAAAUCAAGAAGUACCUGCUUGGCUGUCCCGGUAUGCAGCUCGAUCUUCUUUUGGUGGUGGGAGGAACCGUCGUUCUGGGGGAGGCCGGUUUGGUGGCCGUGACUUCCGAAGGGAUUCUUCUUUCAGUAGGGGUGGUUCUGAUUACUAUGGCGGAGGCAGCAGUGGUGGAUAUGGGGGUUCUUCUGGUGGUUAUAGUGGAGGUGGAGGAUAUGGUGGUCCUGGGAUGACCAGUGCAUGGGACUAA